CUCGGAAUCAAGACUCAUCUUUUUUAAAAUGACAAGAUGGACAAAAAGAUGAUUUUGCAUAUAUUAGUUGUAUUAGUUAUAACUGGUACCGAACCAUCCGACGGAGAGAAUUUUUUUAUAAAACGAAAAAUCGUACGUAAUAUUGAAUCAUAUUCUCGUUGUCAACAUUCACGGAAAAAGGAUUUGACAAAAGUGUUUCAGUGGAAUAUUCAUUUGAAUCCGGAAAAAUCUGAUUUUUUCAUGAUGAUUGCGAGAUUAGUUAAAGUAAUAUUUCUAUUAUUUUGCUUGCUAUCUACCAUCGUGUUGAUCUCAGCCUAUGGGCCCCGCGAGUCAAGAGUGGACUCAACGUCUCCACCGAACUCAUCGUGGGGACGAAGAAAAAGAUCAAUUAUAUUAGAUGAAGAUCCGUUCUUCGAUUUUGAAUAGUGACUGAAAUCGCUGUUCACUCCCGGAAAAUAUACAACGUUCUUGCUACAUGAAAAAUAUGACAAUACGAUAUUUAAUUUUAUGACAACGAUUAUUUUAUCUGAUAUAAACAAAUUUACACUAUUUAUAACAUCCAGAAACCCCACAAGAACUUUCUGACAGUUGUGACAACUUUUUUGACGAACUAAAAAUGUUAGCUCAUAAUGCUUAUAUAGUGUAUUUAAGAUCUACAAAUAUUUGCCGUUUCGUUUUUGUAUAUUAUUUCUACAUUUGUGCGAAAUAGUUUUGCAUUUAUAAAUUAAACCUAUAUCUCGACGCACAAUUUGUUUUCUUUGUGGGUAUGAUAUUUGUGCUCAUGAGAGUGCUGUUCUCGCAUGAUGCGUAGAUCAGUGUCGGUAAUGUGUAUUGAUGCUUUGCAAUCCAUGUUAAAUUUUGACUGAUUUUGUUAUCGUUUGUCCGUUGCGAGUCUUUAUAUAAUAAAUACACUCUGACAACAAUGAAUUAAUUUGUCACAUACAGCGCCACCAUCCUAGAGUGGGCAAAAUAUUAUUCAUUUUCCUUGUACUAAUGUAAAUUUUCUGAGUCUGUGUUUAUCCUGGAAAUUUGAACAUCAAUUUAGUUUUACAUAGAUUUAGUUCAAGUAAAUUAUGUUUAGAUUGUUUUAUGCUCAUGUACUCAAAUAUAGAAUCUUUCUGUUUUAAAUAUUUGCCUUGGCGUAUUUAUCUCUUAAUCAUCGUGUAAUUGAUGACGUUAAAUGUUUAUUUUUAGUUUAAAAAGGAAAAUAGUCAGUCAGUAGUUUAUUUUUCACCAAAAUGAAAAUGCACUCACAGUGAACAUAAAAAAAGUUGAAAAUGACAUUUCAUGGUGAAAGGUGACGCGAAAAACCAAAGUUGGUUAUUGAUCAGCGAUACCUGUGAUAGAAGUCUAACUUUGA